AUGGUCAAUACAGGAAAACCCACUUCCUCCAAAAAGAAAGCGGCUUCGUCAAACUUAGCUGGAAAUAGUGGCUCAAGCUCCAAAAAUGGAGCUGCACCAAUCAAAAUUAGGAUACCACCGCCAAAAAAACAAACCACAUCAAGUACCACUCCCAGUCUUAGUUUGGCAUCGUCUUCUACUAAUACUUCCACAGCAUUGUCUGUAAAUGCUAAAUCUAAGGCUUCAGCACCACCUGGACCCUCCUCAGCAGUUUCACAUGUGGCGGGUGAAAACGUAAAACAUGAAACUGAGGAGUCCGAAGAAGAAACAGCUGAACCCCCAAGAGAAGAACAUUUUAUAUUAAGGAUAUCUGGUCUUCCUCAAGAGUCACAAGAAAAAUUCAGAGAGCAAGCAAGAAAGCGACAUGUGUUUGAUGACUUGUCAAUUUUAUUUAAAGAUCCUCGUCAUGCAAUAUUCUCAUAUGAUAAAGAAAAGUACAGUGCAAGACUGGUGGAUCUUCCAUGUAUUAUUGAAUCUCAAAAGACGCUGAAUAAUAAACAAUUCUAUAAAAUCGCUGAUAUUUCACAGAUGUUGGUAGUAGAAUCUUCCAUCUCCAAUGAAUCUGAAUUGAACACCAAUAAAGCUAGUAUGCAAUGGGAUGAAUUUCUAUGGCAAGAUGGAUUAUCACCUCCAUUAAAAAGUGUUCGAAAGCGAAGAUUCCGAAAAAGAUUUUCGAAUAGAAACAUUGAAGAGAUUGACAAUGAGGUCGAGAGACUCCUAACAUUGGCUAAAGCGGCUACAAGCAUUCGUUAUGAGUUGACUGAAAUUGAAGAUUCCGAGGUUGAAACACCUGGUCCUGAUGGAGAGGAUCGGAUAGACGGUGAAUUCGAAGGACUGGAAAUUGGGGACGAAAUUGACUCUGAUGGAGAAGAGGCAGGCGCAGCCUUGCAACGUGAAUUAGAAAUGAUGGACGUUGAAGAUGAGCGUGCCGUUGCAUCUGAUAAUGAACCCGAGGAGGAGGAAGAAGAGGAAGAUGAUGAAAGUGAUGAAGACAGUGAUGAGUCUUCAGAAAGUGAAGAGGAAACUGAAGAAGAUUUAGAACAAAAGAGAAAAGAGUUGGAGGAUCAGAUAGCGACAAAUGAAUCAGCAAUUCAAGGAAAGCAUAAUCAAUUGGCAAACACAGUUAACACAAUCAUCAAGAAACGAUUCGAAGAAACGAUAGAAAAAUUAACAGCCGAUAUAGAACUGAAAAAGAUUCAAUUAGAUGAGGUUAAACGUAAAUUAGAGGCCAAAAGAGCAUCAACUGUUACUCCAAUUUAA